UCGCCUUCUUUUGACAGGCAAAGUCGCAAGCAAUACCAACUUCCCACCUUGGUGGAUCAAACGCAUGAUAUUGUCAUGUCGCUGACCGAAAAGGAACACAAUUCCAAGAAGGCCACCUCCUAUAUACACCAAAUCAAGACACGCUGUCCUGACACGGAGCGGCUGCUUGCAGCACUGGCCAAGUUUAUCAAUAUAAUAGAAACCAAUGUCUUUCUGCUCGACCCUGAUAACACGGCCCGCGUUACCGAGUACGAUUUCGUCAUGCAAGUCUGGGCACCCAUCCUCAAAUCAUUGAUUGACAUUCAUGGUGUACUGCGCAUGAAGAUCGGAGAGUCCAGCCCGGCUCAAGGUAUUGUUGGUCGCAAGCGCUCCUACAGUGACGCUCGCGUUGGAUUCAAGGUGGACUUGCGGCUGCUUUUCGAUUCGCGCCAAAAUGAACACGACCUACUUGCCCUCGAAGCUGCAAAAGCUGGGGAGUCUUCCAAACUGUGCCAUGACGUUUGCAAACUGAUGCGUGAGGCCAAGGACAAUCUCGACGCUACCCUGCAGCACAUCUUGAAACGCCACAUGCAGGUGCCACUUCUGUCCUGGUACAUGCACACCAAUGGUGUUUGUGCUUAUGUUGGCACUGUUCAUCUUGCCAACGCUGGCCUUUAUUUGGCACUACAUGAAUCAAAGAUUCACUUUCCAAGGAACUUGACAUCGCUACAGGCAUUUGAAAAGGAAUUUGUCAUGCUCGUUUCCAUGGUCUUCGACUUGGAACGAAAUGCCCUCAUGAUCAAAAAGUCCAUGGAUUUGAUGGAUUGUCGCAAGGAUUCGGUCAUGAACCGCCACGUUGACCCAGACAAUUGCCUUGAUGCCAACUCUUGCCUGUCGUCUACGCGACCUACCUUUUACAACCCUCCACGAGACCAAGCAUCAUUAGCUGUUCUUCCUGCCGGCUUGUUUGACGCUACAAACACAACCUCCCUACCAUCUGUGCCGUCUUCCCCUCGCCGCACCGACCUGGACCUCAACUCAGAGCCCGACGAAUAUGGUUGGGUCGCCAUGGAUAAUGGCUCAUUUAUUAACGUUCAUACCGGCAUCAUCGUGGAUCGCCAUCCAUUUGACGAGAAGCUUGAACAUUUCCUCAUAUGUAUUACCCCCACGUUGUGCCAAAAGAAGCGGUUAAAAAAUACUAAAUAUCGCUAUCAACGAUUCUUUUUCCAACACUUAUUUCGUUUAACUAUAAAAUUGACACUUGAUCAGAAUUGCUCAUUUGGAUUCGUUCCAGGGGGGAGAGGACAGUACAGUACUGUUCUUUGA